AUGCCGGCUGUUGGUAUUGAUUUGGGGACGACAUACUCAUGUGUCGGGGUGUGGCAGCACGGGAAUGUGGAUAUUAUCGCCAAUGAUCAGGGAAACCGCACUACACCUUCAUACGUCGCUUUUACAGACACCGAGCGGCUAAUUGGAGAUGCAGCUAAGAAUCAGGUAGCUAUGAACCCUGAUAAUACUAUUUUUGAUGCUAAACGUUUGAUUGGUCGUAAAUUUGACGAUACCAAUGUACAACAAGAUCUAAAACAUUGGCCAUUUAAAGUCAUAAAUGAUGGUGGAAAACCAAAAAUACAAGUAUCUUACAAGGGCCAAACUAAAAAAUUUGCUCCCGAAGAAAUAAGUAGUAUGGUGCUGUCGAAAAUGAAAGAGAUAGCGGAAGCUUACUUAGGCUGUGUCGUAAAGAGUGCAGUUAUAACUGUACCAGCUUAUUUCAAUGACUCUCAGAGGCAAGCUACGAAAGAUGCCGGAGCUAUCGCUGGGUUAAACGUUCUUCGUAUUAUCAACGAGCCCACUGCCGCUGCAUUGGCUUAUGGAUUGGAUAAAAACUUAAAAGGAGAACGGAAUGUUUUGAUUUUUGAUUUAGGUGGUGGUACUUUCGACGUGUCUAUAUUAACCAUUGAUGAAGGUUCGCUCUUUGAGGUUAAAGCCACUGCUGGUGACACCCAUCUAGGUGGUGAGGAUUUCGAUAACAGAUUAGUAAACUAUCUUGCAGAUGAGUUCAAAAGAAAGUACAAGAAAGAUCUUAGGUCAAAUCCCAGAGCAUUACGCCGUUUACGCACUGCAGCAGAAAGAACAAAAAGAACACUUUCUUCCAGCACAGAAGCCAACAUCGAAAUAGAUGCUUUAUAUGAAGGAAUUGACUUUUUCUCGCGGUUAUCUCGAGCAAGAUUUGAAGAAUUAAACGCUGACCUAUUUCGCACUACUUUAGAACCUGUAGAAAAAGCCUUGAAAGAUGCAAAAAUGGAUAAAAAUUCUAUUAACGAUAUUGUUUUAGUUGGUGGCUCAACCCGAAUACCUAAAAUUCAAAGUUUACUUCAAAACUUUUUCAAUGGCAAAAAGCUUAAUUUAUCUAUAAAUCCAGAUGAAGCUGUAGCAUAUGGAGCAGCAGUACAAGCAGCUAUAUUGAGUGGAGAAAGUCAUUCAAAGAUUCAAGACGUAUUACUUGUAGAUGUAACACCUUUGUCUCUAGGUAUAGAAACGGCUGGUGGUGUUAUGACAAAGAUAGUUGAACGUAAUGCUAAGAUCCCUUGUAAACAUUCGCAAACCUUUACUACAUAUUCAGAUAAUCAACCAGCAGUCACCAUUCAGGUUUAUGAAGGAGAACGAGCUAUGACUAAAGACAAUAACCUCUUAGGCACCUUCGACUUGACAGGAAUUCCUCCUGCACCUCGUGGUGUGCCACAAAUCGAUGUUUCAUUUGAUAUGGAUGCAAAUGGAAUUCUUAAUGUUUCUGCUAAAGAAAACAGCACAGGUAAGAGUAAGAAUAUAGUUAUAAAGAACGAUAAAGGAAGACUUUCUCAGGCUGAUAUAGAUCGAAUGUUAGCUGAUGCUGAAAGAUAUAGAGAUGAAGACGAUAGACAAAAAGAUCGUGUUGCAGCACGCAACAAAUUGGAAACUUAUGUAUUUGGCGUGAAGCAAGCUGUAGAUGAGGCUGGUAGCAAACUAAAUACUGCGGAAUCUACGAAAGCGAGAGAUAAAUGUGAGGAAAUUUUACGUUGGUUGGAAAAUAAUUCUUUAGCAAAAAAAGAUGAAUACGAGGAUAAAUUCAAGGAAGUUACACGUAUAUGUGGACCUAUAAUGCAAAAAUUGCACACUAGCGGUGGCAGGCCUCAACAGGCCGGAGGCAAUGAAGGUCCUGUAAUCGAAGAAGUGGAUUAA